CAGCAUCCUAGAAAAACUCUCUCUCUCUCUCUCUGCCUUGCUCUCUCCAUGAUACAUCCAGCUUGGCGAGCGGAGCCAAGAACCCACACCCUCUGAGCUCUCAUUCUUCGCCUGCUUGUGAAGAACACGGAUUUAUUCUUUUGGUGAAGAGUGGAGAGAACUGCAGCCUAGAAGAGUGGAGCAGAUAGAUGUAGAGGCAUCCCUCCCAGAAGCAAGCUGGCUGGCAAACCUGAAUUGCCAGCAGGGAGAGUGACGGAGCAGCCAAGCAGCUGCCCUGAGUUUCAGCCUGCUUGUGGUGCAGGUUUUUCAAGUCACACACACCUGCCUGUCACACACGAUAUAUCUUAUUUAUUUUUAUACGCACACACACACAUAUAUAAGGGUGCUGCUUGAGGUAGCCACCUACACAGAUACUUAAAUAUUCACUCAGAACGCCAGCUGCUUGAAGAAGAUCUUGGUUGCUUCCCAGUCACCACCAAACUCGUGGAGAGAGAAGAUGUCAACGGAAAAGGCUGUCAGCCCCACAGAGGAACAGGUGGAAAUCCUGGAGUACAAUUUCAACAAAGUGAACAAGCACCCUGACCCUGCUACCCUUUGCCUUAUUGCUGCGGAGGCAGGCCUGACCGAGGAAGAGACCCUGAGAUGGUUCAAGAAGCGCCUGGCUGAGUGGCGGAAAUCCGAAGGGCUCCCGUCCGAAAGCGGGUCUGUCAGAGACUGACUGGAACUUUCCUUCUAGAAACAGUCCUGGGAAAACUGACUGCUCAGUUAUUUCUUUCACUGUGGAACACCACAUUACUAUCAGAACUCAUCCUUCGCCUGUUAUUUAACCAGCUGCCUUAUUUAAAAUGUAUAUAACUGAUGUGUGAGGAAUAAUUGUGCAAAAAUAUAUGUACUGGUUGAGGUAUUAUCUUACCAAACUUAAAGCUACCAGUCUGACUGUAGCUACUUCAAUAGUGAUAUGGAGGUGAUGUGUUAAUAAUGACAUUUCCUUUCAUGCCUGGCAGAACUAAUAUACAUGAAUAAAUAUAUGCAAAACUAUUGCGCCCCCAUUUUCAAAAACAAGAUCAGUACAAAGAAGCAAUUGCAAUUUUUUUAUAAUAUGAUAAACAAAGGGCCAAGGCAUGAUUUGGCCCAGUUUAUGGAUGUGAGGGUCUUCAUACAUGCAACUAAGAAACUCUCAAGGAGAUGAGCUGGUAAUGUCCCUGAACAAGCAAAAUUGUGUUCCUUGAACCUGUGAAUGUAAGAGGUGUACUUGGUGCCAUUGCAACUCCCAGCUAGAGUACAAAUAAAAAAAAUGCAACUAUUUCUACAUCUUCCCUCGUCUGGCAUCAUCCUGUGCAGGAUACUUGAGGUCAGACCCCAUGCAGACACCUGCAUUGCUAGAACAUGCCAAGCACAUUCAGUAAUGUUUGGAUCCAACUUGGCAGCCAGGUUCUCCUCCUCUUCUCUACUCAGAUUCCUAGGCCAAAAGGUAAACAACAUAUUAUUAAGAGAUCUUGGAGUACCAUCUAUCCCUGGCAUUCAAGCAUGCAUAACAAUGCUACCCUCAAGGACUGGAACAUACCUAUAUUUCACUGAGCAUCAACAUAAUUACAUGAUCAUUUGUGCAUGCAGUCACUGUAUUUUCCUUGGUUUUCCCAUUACAGAAACAGGAAUAUUUCCUGGCACAUAUUAAUAAAAUCAGAUGUUUUAUGAAAACUGAGAAA